UAUAGGACAUGUGUGUUUAUUUGUUCAAUUUUAUACAAGUUGAAGUAUCAACUUGUUCACAUUCACAGUUGAAAGGACAUAAAUGUGGUCAUAUGACAUCAUUUUAGCUUUAAUAACCAGUGACAUAAAACAUAAAGAUGACUCUUAAUUUGGUUUCAGCGCUAUGACCUUUAACUUUAGGUGUAUAUAAGAAGACAUUAAUACCUGUAUUAAAUUAAAUAAAUAAAUACAUUCAUUCUACAUGACACCCUACAAUUUUGUAUCUUACUUGACGUCUAAUGUGUAUUAUGCUACGUAAAUUCUUAUAUAACUCUAAAUAUGUUUAAAAAGUCUUCAAAUAUGUUUUUAUGAAGCUAAUUUACAAGUGGAAAAUAGGUGUCAAGUGUACAAGUUUUUAAUGACACGUGCCCUAACACUUGUCAAGAAUUUAACUCAUAUUUUGGCCUAUAUAAGGACAUUACCAUUCAUAAAAAUAUCAUAAGAAAACAAUUACCAAACACCUUCUUGCUACCUCUUCUCUCUUCUCUUAAUUAAUAAAUAUAAUUAAUUUCUUUGACUUUUUUUUAUCUCAUUUUCCCCACAACUAACUUCUUUGACUUUUUUUAUUUUAUUAAAUUAUAUUACAUUACUUAAAAUAGUAUAGUAGUUAUUCUCAAUGCUACUAUUUUAGCUAAAUAAAUAGUUAUAUUAUUAUAUCUAAUUAUUUUCCAACAUUACAAAGCUAUGGUAAUCUACAACGUCCUCUCAACUUUCUCAAAAUCCAAUAACAAUACUACUCUAUGGAAAAUUAUCAUUUCUACUAUUCUUAGUAAAUGGAAUAGUAAAUUGGUAAGAAACAAUAAAUCAUUUCCUCCAUGUCCAAAAUCAUGGCCUAUAAUUGGAAUCCUUCCUCAAAUCUUCACAAAGAAUAAGUCAUCCUUUGUUUAUUGGAUUCACAAAACUAUGGAGGAAAUGAACACUGAAAUUGCUUGCAUUUAUGUUGGCAAUGUUCAUGUAAUUCCUGUAACUUCUCCUGAGCUUGCUUGCGAGUUCUUGAAGAUUCAAGACUCCGUUUUUUCAUCUAGGCCUAUUUGUAUGUCCGCGAAGCUUAUUAGUAAUAACUACUUAACUUCUGUUUUUCUCCCCAUUGGUGAUCAAUGGAUGAAAAUGAGGAAAAUUCUUGCUUCUCAUGUCUUAUCACCAUCCUCAUUGCAAUGGCUUCGUCCUAAAAGGGACGAAGCCAUUGAUGACCUUGUUGAGUUUGUUUACAAGCAAUGCAUCAACCAACAAUUUAUAAAUUUGAGGAAAGUGACAAGAUGUUAUUGUGGGAAUGCUAUAAGAAAUAUGGUUUACAACAAGAGAUCAUUAUUUGCAAGUAGAGAAGAAGAUGAACAACAAGUUGAUGCACUUUUUACACUACUUAAAUAUCUUCAUUGUUUUGGGAUAUCAGAUUACUUACCAUGGUUAAGUAUGUUUGAUUUAGAUGGUCACAAAGCAAUUAUUAAGAAAGCUUAUGACAUAGCAACAAAACAAAUUGAUAUUGAAGUUGAUCAUAGGAUUCAAAUAUGGAAAGAUGGCUACAAAAAUUUGGAACAAGACAUUCUUGAUGUUUUUAUCAUGCUCAAAGAUGACAAUGGAAAUCCAUUGAUGAAUGCUAAAGAGAUUAAAGCACAAGUGCUUGAACUCAUGCUGGCAACAGUGGAUAAUCCCUCAAAUGCAGUUGAAUGGACACUAGCAGAAAUGUUGAAUCAACCAAAGUUAAUGCAAAAAGCCAUAAAAGAACUCGAUGAUGUUGUUGGGAUGAAUAGAUUGGUUCAAGAAUCAGAUUUACCAAGGCUAAAUUAUAUCAAGGCCUGCAUAAAAGAGGCAUUUCGACUCCAUCCAAUAUCGCCUUUUAAUGUUCCUCAUGUAUCUGUUUCUGAUACCAUCAUCGGUGAAAAGCACUUCAUCCCUAAAGGAAGCAUAGUGUUAUUAAGUCGACUUGGACUUGGCCGAAAUCCCAGAGUUUGGAAGAAUCCAUUGAAGUUCAAGCCAGAACGUCACCUCAAAAAGAAAAAGAAAGAUGACGGUGAAGUAGUUCUCACUGAUUCAAAAUUACGUCUAUUGUCAUUUAGUAUUGGAAGAAGAGGUUGUCCAGCUGUGAAACUUGGUUCAACCAUUACUACAAUGUUACUUGCUAGACUUCUCCAAGGAUUUACUUGGAGUUUACCACCAAAUUCAUCAUCUAAUGACUUACUCGAGUCAUCGAAGGUUGAUCAUUUUUGUACCUUACCCCUUCUUGCUCAAGCAAAACCAAGAUUAGCUAACAACAUGUAUCAUUUUUAACUUUAGUCAAUAUGUAUUAAAAUUUACAAAGCAUAAUAUCCAAUAAGACAAAUUUUAUACUCAAAAUUGUAUCUAUAAUGAUGAAUCUAUUAUUAUUAUUAUUAAAAAUCAAGCACCUCUUUAUACAU